GCGAGAGUGUGAGGAGAGAACGUGGUAGAAGAUGUCGACGAACUCGAGUUGCUUGUUGUCGUUUUGGGAGUAACUACAGUGCCACUGUUCGUUGUACUAGUACUAGCGUUGUGCUGCAGCUGACUCCCAGAAUCUCGUCGAAAGUCGUCGAGUAUCCAUAGAGAGUCUAGUGCAUUUGAGUUCAAGUACAUUUACUGCCUGUACAAUGAUCACCUCUCUGCAGCCACCUGCUUUCGAGAACAAUCACUGAGAUGGACUAUUAGUAGUUUUAGUACACGUAGUAGGAGUAGUGGUUUUGACUCCAAGAACAAGGUCUGCGACUCGACUGAGGAAUCUAAUCCUUAUCUGAUAGCUUUACUAGCUCUAUUUCAACUUCCGUUCCACCUGGUAGUACUACUUACAACCUUGAUAAUAUUAUUACCGUAGUAUAGAUGGAGCUUUGAUAUUAUUACCUUGAUAUAACAAACAAAGUUUACCGUAGCAAAAAAUGGCCAAGUUGGAAGAGGAGCUGGCGCGACAAGUGUUAGAGGGCAUGGACGAAAAUAUUAGCACGGACGAGGAUGUUAUGCUGCUAACUGCUUUUUAUUAGAUUGUAUUUUGAACUUGAAGCAGGAGUAGCUUGUAUAUAGGUGUCAGCAUAUCGGUGCAGGAGUAUGUUGUAUUUUCACGCUGAUAACUGAUUCAUGUACUUGAAUUCGGUGGCGUUUCAGCAUGGUGGAGUGGUGAUUCCAUGUUGAUCGUUGAUUGAUCCAGUUCAAGUAGAAUAGAGACCAACUGAUAGCAAUGCAAUCAUGUCAACAAUCGUUCAUAUGGAUUUAAAUUGAAUCAAAACGAGAUAAACUCAAAUUUUUUUGGAUUUAGUAGUUUCAAACUCAAAUUUGAGGUUUGAAAUCCUAAGAAAAUCGAAGUAGUGACCUAACAGCUAGCAACUAGUAGCAGAACAGCACUAGUAUUGUCCAAUAGUAGGACAUAUCACGACCUUGAUUCUAGCACAUUGAUAGUCUCAAUGCCUGAAUUUGAGAAGAUUUCUGAGCUUGUGGAUUGUUUUGCUUAUCUCUUCGUUCAAUCUAAAUUGAAUUAAAACAAGAUAUAUUCAAAAUUUCUUGGAUUUGAACGAAAAUUGAAACUCAAACUCGAGAAGGUCAGAAAUUUGUCUACUCACUGUGAGUUGUUUUCUAGUGGUACCGGUUCUAACGUAUUGGGAAGAUUCAAGCAAAGUAGAACGAAAACAGUACUAGAAAACACCGACCUGGCUAUUCUUAUUGGUACGUGUACAGCUGCCCUCAGUCUAACUGUAAUACCUGUAUCAAUUUGAUGUACAGACCACUGACAACUUGCUUCUAAUUCUCAGUCCCGUGUCAAGGCCACAACACAGAAGCAAGGCGGUGGUGGCGCGACCAUCAAGAAGAGGGCUGUAGCUGUAGGUGGUGUGCGAAAAAAGGGGUGUUUUGUGAAGCAAUUGAUACCGCCAAUCUUGAAAAAGCUUCCGUCAGCUUCCCAACGUCAACAAUUGCAGCAGCAUGUAAAGACUAGUACAACAAAUACGAGCAGGGUCGUAUUCCCUAGUGCUGCAUUUAGUAGUAUUAGUAAUACCAACAUCAGCACUUCUUCUGUUCUCGAUGUUGAGACCAGUUGUACAAAUACGGGUGGCACGACUACUGUCCUCGAUGUUGACACCAGUACAAAUACGGGUGGCACGACUAGGAUUACAACAACUACCUCUCCCAAUCACGGCGAACAAGGGCUUCAAGACGACGACGUCGAGGACUUGACUUCGUUUUUUCGAGGCAAGAGGAUCUUGGUAGUAGGGGAUGGGGAUCUGUCGUUUUCGGCGUCUCUAGUGUGCUACGUGGAAGACCCAGUGUGGUGUCUCACUGCGAGUGUUAUUGAAGAUGAAGCAGCAUUCUUUUAAGGCUAGCAGGUUAGCUUAACUAGUACAGAGAGACACAGAAUCAGUCAAAGAGUGAUCUUCCUAUAAUUUCAAAGGACCUUCCUUGAAGAUCCUUUUGACUGGUGUCUAGUUGGUUCACCUUGAAGACAAAAAAUAAGGGUACCAGAUCACCAAUCAAUCAAUCAAUCAAUCAAUCAGAUGAAUAGGUACUACCAGAAUACUUACUCAUCUACAAACCAGAUGAAUACUUACUCAUCUACAAGGAAGGUACAUCAACCGGUCUCUGGUACGAAUUGCCGUUCUUUACGUUCUCUUUCUUCUAACAUGUGGAGAAAUACGACAAACAAGGGGUUGCCCAGUUACAUCAGAGCGUGAUUCGUGCCAGUGGAGCGCGGCUUCUGCACGGCGUCGAUGCGACGAAGUUGGAAGAAGUCUUUGGACAAGCCGUUAUGGCUGUUAUUAAAGUAACAAACAACCGUCUUGACUUAGUCAUGUACCCUCUCAGAAGUUAUCUCUACGGUGUCAGGAACGGCAUCAUCAGGGAUACACACAUACAUACACCAGUAGUGUUAUUUGUUAAACACGCGACCAGGUGGUCUCCCUGCAGCACUAUGGUAAUGUCGCUGUCAAAGCAAGAUCUUGAGCUACUUGCUGGUCCUCUAUCCAAAUAAUCAGCUUGGACAACACUAUAUCAUACAAGACAACUCCAACUCGUGUUGAAUUAGAUAAGCAUAAGUAAGUAAGUUACUUCUUUUCUAACUCCAACAACACCAAUCUUCGUGAAGAUUUCGACGUGAUCAUCUUCAACUUUCCCUACCCCUUGAGCUUAUCCGAAUCCGACGCACGAGGAGGCGUGCAGAAAGAAGCACAACAGUUGGUGAAGAUGUUUCUCUCAUCUUAAGGGUUGAAACAUUUCAUUUCUACAUGCUUUUCGCCUUGCAUAUUCAAAAUACUAUCACCACUACUUUUCCUACUGAACGUGGUGUCCCUUAGCAAUACGGUCAACAUCUAAAGAUGAAAUGCUUCACGCUUUAAUUAUCUGCAGAAAAGCUACUUUCGGGUGCUCGAGGGGAAAUCCAUCUCAGUCUGGUGAACCAGCAGUUCAGAUCGUGGUGUGUGACACAACUUGCGAAUGUUAAGGCUAACACUAAAUGAAACAACCGGGUAGUUUUUACCUCUCAACCUUAGGCUUAUCCCAUGAUGCAAUGUUAAGGCUAUUCGUCGGACUAAUAUGCAAUGUUAAGGCGAGUUGAUGAAAUAGAGGCUCUAGCCUUAAGUUGCGCCACGCUUCUCGACCGCGCUCUUGUGCCACGCAAAUCGUUAAUCUAUCUAUGCAUCAGAUAUUUUUGCUUCUAACAUGAAAUGCAUCAGUCCGUGGUUUCGACAAGACGAGGCUAUUGAUUCGUCGUACUAAAUCGUUAAUCUAUCUACUUAUGCAUCACAUAGCACACAUGUCAUGAUCUAUUCUUCUAGAAGUAAUGCUGUAGUAGAUCAUGUAUCCUUGCUUCUAACAUGAAAUGCAGCCUCUACCUCUCCGAAGUCCGUGGUUUCGACAAGACGAGGUGGAAGUACUACAACUGCCGGUUUGGAGAUGAGCGAGAGAAGAGAUCGGGGAAAUUAAGGCCUCAAAUUGUAGCAAUAUGCUGAAUAGCUACAGCUCAAGUAGACAUGGAUGAUGAAGCUCCUUGUAGCUCUGUAGGCAGAGCUAAUCUUAAGGCUCCUUGUAGCUACACAACCUGGUAGCUCACACUAUCCGUCCCAUGACAUGACAUCCCUUGUGACUCAAAGGAGAAACUGAGAAGGGGGAAUAAAGAGGGAAACUUACUACCCACUCCACCGCGGAUAGUAUAAAGCAAGCUACGUAGUCGUGUGAAGAGGGAAAGAAUCUCCUUGUCGGAAGCACGCGCUAAUGAUAGAUGCCCAGAACAGAACGAGCUGUAAUGAUAGUAGCCACUCUAUAAGUAACGAGCCCAUCAAGGAGGUAAGAAAAGAAGAGGGACCAUGAACUGAUAGUACCCACUCUAUAAGUAACGAGCUAAAAAUGAUAGUACCCACUCUGUAAGUAAAGAAGAGGGAAACCCACUCUAAGUAAAGCAAGCUACGUAGGUGAUUGGAAUGCUAGGACCUUCGUUUUCCGACGCCGUCUACCUGAUGUACCAGUCGACGAAAUCAAUCCGGAGACCAACCAAAUUCUCGGGAGUGUUGACGACAAAAGGGCCUUGUUACGGCUUUACAAAUUUGAUUAGACUAAUUACUAUUAUGCCUUAAAUUACAAGUCCUAAUAAAGAUAAAUAAUAAUUUCUGUGGUUUAUUGAUUGUUUCGUCUCAUGUGGAACUUUUUUGACUUCUAUCUAAGGUUUACCCGCUUAAUAGUUGUACUUUUAGAAAAUAUAAUCAAUAAGUAGUACUGAAGAUUGUUUGCUUCUCUCCUUGUUAAAAAACACCGUCUAGUCGUCCUUUCAUUAUUAUUUUAAAAAAAUGGACGUUUCUUGUCUUGCGUCAUUUGAUGCUCUCUUCCUCCUCAACUGACCCGUGUACAUGUACAUGGACAACUAGAAGGACAACUCUAAGAACUCAAACAUUAUUAUAAAUUCCUCUGGUCAUCUUUCUUCUUUUCUAGUUAGGUCGGCUCCACCACAAUAAUAGUACAUAGAGUCGUGGCCGAGGUGUGCCAUCUAGUCCUCGUCUGAUCAUUUUAUACGUAUAGACUCUAGGUCUACAGGACCAGUUGUUCAUCCACAUCUACGUUCUUUCUUGCCUCUUCUUCUAACCUUAGAGCUGAUCCGAUCUCAGCGUGAACGUGAACGUGAACGUGCUGCAAAAGUUGCACUCCGCGAGUUGCAACACCGAGUUCUGGUAAACGAACUACUAGCAAAAAGACAUCAGGCCUUAGCCCUACAGCAGUCAACGCUGACGCAGAGAAUAUCGCAGAGAGUGUUAUGCUAGUUUUCUCAGAUAUACUGAUAUCGUCCUUUCAGCAGGAAUAAGGCGGUGCUUGCAUCGUACUAUUCGUUCAUCAUGAUUCGAGGAUAGUGAUUUUUUUACGUUGAUCAACUACUUCUACAUCGUGAUUGCAACCAGUGCUGGUGUCCCUGCUGAUUCAAUAAAUUGCUUGCAAAUGAUCAAAUAAGAAAUCUAAGAUACAAGACGGUCCAGAAAAGCAGCGUGUCGAUGAAACCCAUUCGUGUUCCUCGUGUAGUAGUUGCAUCAUCCUCUCCUGGUCGCACUGUUUUGCCUGUUCCGGGUCGUAUUUCGUCGACCUCAACCAGUCGCGUUCGUACUGUUUUGCCUGUUCCGGGUCGUGGUAUUUCUUCUAUCUCAACCAGUGCUGGUGUCCCUGCGGCUUCUAGUAGGGGAACAACCGCCAUCUCUACUGGCGUUAACAGGGAAAAGCCGCGUUCAUCUUUGGGGUUGUUUAGCGGUGGUGCGCCGUCUGGAACUGGAGGGCUAAGCUCAGCAGUUCCAAUGGUGCGUCAAGAAGGUGCAACGGCUGCGGGAGCUCUCUGUGUUGCCGCGCGUAGUAGCCCUGCUAACGGAUUACAAAAGCCGACGACUCGCGCGGCAAGUGUCAAUACGGGCGGCAGCUCAACAAAUGCAGGUCCUCCACCCGCGGUAAGCAUCUCAACAACAACUACAGCCAGCGACAGAAGCACUGGGCCCCUGUCCUCCACUAGUACAGGUGCUAGGGAUCAUAUGCUGAGGAAUCCCUUCAUUGGGGGCCCUCCGGCUGUCGUGGAAAAGAAUGCCAAGAAGGGGUCUGCCCGCCAGUUGGUUCCCUUGAAACGACUGCUCCCACAAGAAGGGCAACAUGUGGGAGUAGUUGCGUUAAAUAGUACAGCUAUGGGCACAGGAGUGUCGGCAAAUAAUAUGGGAGGUAGUACAUCAGGAGCAGCUCCAGCUGCAAAUGGUACUUCUACAAGAAGUACUUCUACAUCACCACCGGCGCCUGGACGCGCCCCUUUGGGUACUAUGGCGGGUAGUUGUUUGCCUAAGGCAAGAGGGCAGCAGGUCAUCAGCGCAUCAGCGGGUUCAUCUGCAUCAGGAGUCGGCGACGGGAAGACAGGGACCACUAGCUCUAGCAUAGUAGACCACACUACAUCUUCUGAUGUGCCGGUGAAGCAGAUGAAAAGCGCGCCUCCAGCUGCGGUGUCAAAAUCAGGCGCAGCUCCAUUGGCGAAGCAUGGGAUGAGGGUCAUGACCACAGCUAGGCCUGACGCUAGCCCUGUCGCGGCUGGGGGCUCGGGUCUAAUCAAAAAUGGCUUUACCGCUGCCCCGUCGCAAAAAGUUAUGCCGCACUGCCCGUUGCGGCCACUGUUUCCUACUCGCAGCGCCUCUAUUGUUCCGAGUCAUGCUGUUCGUCCUGGUGUAAUUCAAAAGGUUGCUCCUGCUCGUCUGCAAAAUGUGGUCUCUUCAAAAAGCUCUUCGGUUGUUGCUGGGGUGCCAAAAGCAGGACCCCUAAAAAGCUCUUCGGUUGUUGCUGGGGUACCAAAAGCAGGACUCCUUCAACAUACUUCCAAUGCCCAAGCUCGUGUUCUAGUUCCUGUGUCCUCCUUGAUGUCGCGUGCUUCUGUUUUAGCGCGACCACAAGGUUCACCAAGCGGUACAACUAGUGGGGCUUCUUCGUCGUCCUUGUUUGCAGCUGCACCAGUACGAGGAGUAGGAGUUUCAGGAGGAGUAGUGCAGACCCAAACAACUAGCAAAGCGAGCGCAAAGGCGAGUCUUGCUGGGGUACAUCUCAUCCCUCCGAUGCGCUGUUUUCAACCACAACAAAUCCAUGGACCUCAAAGUGUAGCCCCACAACGCACACAACAAGCAAGAAAUACGAACUCGAUUAUUAAGGGCCUUAAGGCUUCAGCUACAACUCUUUGUAUUUGUUCUAAGAGUCUAGAAGUACUAGCAUUAGUCCUACUAGUGCUUCUAGUAAGGCUAAGGAGGUCAUCUUCUCUUAAUAGACAGAGAGACCGACAUCGACAUUUAUUCGUAUUCAAUUUAAUCUCUCAAACUUAUUCGAAUUCUAAUCUUCCCGUUAUCAUGGCGCCACCGCGGUCUUCGCUGCCUAGGACAAGCAGAAGCAUGGCGCGAGGACGAGGUCCAGCGCCGCGUUCUUCACCGCCUCGCGCAGUGCCAGUUCGCAAGGGAUUCGAAAAAUCGACACACCAUCCCUAUCCCAAGGCAAUGGGAGGUGCCGCCCCACAAGGACAAGGAAGAUCGCAUAUCGGCGCCGCUCAGCCCUUUCGUAGGUGACGAUUAUUUGAACGGAUAAUAGAUACCAUGAGAACCCACCCUGCUCAGGUCCCAGCUGAUGAAAACUUUUGUCCACCCAUCUCUCUCAAUCUUUCAGUACACCAAGCCAUAGUUGUGAAUAUUAUGUGUCAUAAUAAAUAUCAAUUUGAACCACCUUCAUAUGUAGUACAACUCGGAAAUCUUCUUGAGGACCUUUUACAACAUUUGACAGACAGACCACACAUGUUCAACAUAGCUUUUGAAAACAAGGCUAGAAGUACUACGAAAAAAACCCAUUGUCUCCUGUAGUCGUAUGAUCAUGAGCUACAACUACGUUUGAAGUAAAAAUACCCGCCGAUGAAGUUCUUGUCUAAGUAGUACAACUAAAAAGAAUUACAUCACUUCUACUUCUUACAAGAACUUAGGUUCUACUUGACCACUUUGACGAAUGCAAACAUCAUCUAUGUCAUAUCAAAGCGUGUCUAUCAAAGCGUGUCUUAUGUAGCAAUAUGAUUCAAAGAAUUUUUUAUGAGUUUUACUUCAUAAUCCGUGACAGCCUGUCAUUCUCAACCCUCACUCAUACACUGUCUCCCACGCCCAGACUGUCUGGAGCCAUGGCCCCUGAAAUCAAGCCAAGAAUCUUCUAACCCACCUGCUUGAAUGAUAAUCCCCCAUGGAUGAUGAAGAUUCAGCUGCAACUACUGCCCAGCAAUACAUAAGCGGCCCGGAUGCAGGAGAG